GAGCAACUUAAAUGUGCGCGUAUUCACACACACAUAUAGAUACAGAUAUACAUACAUUUCACCUACCUCGGGAAGCACAAACCGACGUGUGCAAUAUCCUUAUCGCUAGUUUUCUCUCUUCUCAUUCGCAAAAACAAAACGUAGAUAUAUAUACAGCUAUAGAUACUACGUAUACAUACAUAAAAUUGUACGAUCCCUUACUCCAAUUGAGAGAGAGAGAGAGAGAGAGAGAGAUUUUGAUAUAGUUAUUGUUAGUCUGUAAAUUAGUAGCAGCAUUGCUGUUGUUUGUUUAUCUGAAGAAAAAUGGAUUAUUUAGCCGACGAGAGAAAGAAGGCUGUAUUCGAUGUGGAUUCCAUGAAGAUUGUCUGGGCUGGAUCGCGGCAGGCCUUCGAAGUUUCCGAUCGUAUUUCCAAGCUCGUCGCCGCCGAUCCUGGAUUUCGGAAGGAUGACAGGCCGAUGCUACCGAGGAAGGAAUUGUUCAGAAAUACUCUUAGGAAGGCAGCUUAUGCAUGGAAACGGAUUAUCGAUCUUCGUCUAUCAGAAGAAGAAGCAUCUAGAUUAAGGUUUUAUGUGGAUGAAAUAGCAUAUACUGAUCUUCAUUGGGGUAUGUUUGUACCGGCCCUAAAAGGUCAGGGUACUGACGAACAGCAGGCAAAAUGGUUGCCGUUGGCAUAUAAGAUGCAAAUAAUUGGCUGCUACGCGCAAACUGAGCUUGGUCAUGGCUCCAAUGUGCAAGGUCUUGAAACCACUGCAACAUUUGAUGCUGAUAAAGACGAAUUUGUAAUUCAUAGUCCUACAUUGACUUCAAGCAAAUGGUGGCCUGGUGGACUAGGAAAAGUGUCAACACAUGCUGUUGUUUAUGCUCGUCUGAUUACAGAUGGAAAAGACCAUGGCGUUCAUGGUUUUAUUGUUCAAUUGCGGAGCUUGGAGGACCAUACACCUCUUCCAGGAAUAACCGUUGGUGAUAUUGGAAUGAAAUUUGGAAAUGGAGGCUACAAUACAAUGGACAAUGGAGUGUUGAGAUUUGAUCAUGUUCGCAUUCCAAGGAAUCAGAUGUUAAUGAAGGUUUCACAGGUGACAAGAGAAGGAAAAUAUAAGCAAUCAGACGUGCCACGGCAGUUAGUUUAUGGCACUAUGGUAUUUGUGAGGCAACAAAUUGUAAAAGAUGCUUCUUGUGCUUUAUCAAGAGCUGUUUGUAUUGCCACGAGAUAUAGUGCUGUACGUAGACAGUUUGGAUCACAGAAUGGUGGAUCUGAAACUCAGGUCAUUGAUUACAAAACUCAACAGAGCAGACUUUUCCCAUUGCUGGCUUCUGCUUAUGCCUUUAGAUUUGUGGGUGAAUGGCUGGAAUGGCUGUACAAGGAUGUUAUUCAAAGAUUGCAAGCCAAUGACUUCUCUACAUUGCCCGAGGCUCAUGCAUGCACAGCAGGGUUAAAGUCCAUCACUACUUCUAUCACUGCUGAUGGAAUCGAAGAAUGUCGAAAGUUAUGUGGAGGACAUGGUUACUUAUGCAGCAGUGGGCUUCCAGAACUAUUUGCAGCUUAUGUUCCAGCUUGUACAUAUGAAGGAGACAACACUGUCCUGCUUUUGCAGGUAGCUAGGUUUCUAAUGAAGACUGUCUCCCAGCUUGGAUCAGGCAAACAGCCAGUAGGAACAACUGCUUAUAUGGGAAGACUUGAACAUCUAAUGCAAAGCCGUUGUACUGCUCAAAGAGCUGAGGAUUGGUUAAAGCCUAGUCAAGUUUUGGAAGCUUUUGAGGCAAGAGCUGCUAAAAUGUCCGUUUCCUGUGCUCAGAAUCUGAGCAAAUUCAGUAACCCUGAAGAAGGCUUUGCAGAGCUGUCAGCUGAUUUGGUUGAGGCGGCAGUUGCUCACUGUCAAUUAAUCGUUGUCUCCAAGUUUAUUGAGAAACUGCAACAAGAUAUUCCCGGUGAAGGAGUGAAGCAACAACUAGAGGCACUUUGCGGUAUAUAUUACCUCUCACUUCUUCACAAACACCAGGGCGACUUUCUAGCCACUAGUUAUCUGACACCUAAGCAGGCCGUACUUGCUAACGAUCAGCUCAGAGCCUUGUAUGCCAAGGUUCGUCCGAAUGCAAUAGCUCUUGUUGAUGCAUUCAAUUACACGGACCAUUACCUUGGUUCGAUUCUGGGCAGAUAUGAUGGAAAUGUUUACCCCAAACUUUACGAGGCGGCUUGGAAGGAACCAUUGAAUGAAUCGGUUGUACCUGAUGGCUACAAAGAGUACAUUAGGCCUCUGCUUAAGCAACAGCUCCAUAGUGCUCGAUUGUAGACUUUUUUCGAUUCGAUAUAUGACGAAUGGUGUAUACCAAUUAAAGUUAGACCCAUCGCAAUAAAAUAAAGAUCUCGAUCAUGUGGGAUAAAUAUGUAGUAGUUUUUGUAUUUGAGUAAAACAAAGCUUGAGUUCAUCAAGUGUGCAUUAUGAAUGUCAAGCAGAGUUUGAUUUAUGUACUUGCCAAUUUCGAGUACAGAUUUGAUUGAUUAAUAUUCAUGUUGUUCUUA